AUGGAGAGCCCCGCCGAGAACCCUAGCAAGGCGGCCGAGUACCUGAAGGAGCUGAACAAGAUUAUCGAGACGCAGCAGGAGCUGCUGGAGAAGCAGAAGCGGAGGAUAGACGAGCUGGAGCAGCAAGUGGCCAAAUUGUACCACGAAAAUGCCUGCCUGCAGGACGAGCAUCACCGGCACCUGGCCACAUGCCGGCUCCAGCAGGGCGUCCUCCCCGCGCCCCCGGGGGUGCUGAGCGCCAUCCAGGAGAACGCCAGGCACGAGAAGUCUGAAGGUGACAGCUCAAGAAGUCUCAGGUCUUUAAAUACUCUGCACCAGUUUUGCUGUCCAGCUCCAUUGUACCAUUCCCAGCUAGCUGUCCCUGCCACACACUCAGAGUACAGGACUUCACUGGAAACAGGAAGCAGCGUCUCAACUGACCCACUCAGUGUUGAGGGGGAGGCUCCCAGCAGCGAGACCGGCACGUCCCUGGAUAGUCCCUCCGGCUACCCGCAGGGCCCUAUAACUCACAGCUCCGCCCUGAGCCCCGAGCACUACGAGCACCCCUACGGGCUGUACUCCAUCGCGCCGGGCCAGCAGCGAGCCCGCCGGCCCAAGCUCCAGCACUCCACCUCCAUCCUGCGCAAACAGGCCGAGGAAGAAGCUAUCAAACGGUCCCGAUCGCUUUCGGAGAGCUAUGAACUCUCUUCAGACCUACAGGAUAAGCAGGUGGAGAUGCUAGAACGGAAGUAUGGGGGCCGGCUGAUCACCAGACAUGCUGCCCGCACCAUCCAGACCGCCUUCCGCCAGUAUCAGAUGAACAAGAACUUCGAGCGCCUGCGCAGUUCUAUGUCCGAGAACCGCAUGUCAAGGCGCAUCGUCCUGUCCAAUAUGAGAAUGCAGUUUUCCUUUGAAGGACCUGAGAAAGUCCACAGCUCCUACUUCGAAGGGAAGCAAGUUUCUGUUACAAACGAUGGGUCGAAGCUGGGCUCUCUGGUACCGUCUGAGUGCGACGAGCUCGGGGAGACGGCUGCCAUGAAGUCCCCGGCAGCAUCCACCGAUUUCACCGAUGCUAUAACAGAACUGGAGGAUGCUUUUUCCAGGCAGGUGAAAUCCCUGGCGGAAUCCAUCGACGACGCGCUGAACUGCCGCAGCCUGCAUUCGGAUGAAAUCCAGAGUGCGGAGCAGGUCAGGAGCCGGGAGAUGGAGAGGGAGAGCUGUGCCCCGAGCAAACCCGCGAUCCACAAUGUGGAUCACAGGAAGCUGGAUGAGAUGACGGCGUCCUACAGCGAUGUCACAUUGUACAUCGACGAGGAGGAGCUGUCCCCACCCCUGCCGCUCUCCCAGUCCGUGGACAGACCGUCCAGCACGGAGUCGGACUUGAGGCUCCGUGCCGUGAACUCUUCCCAGGAGUACUGGUCCAUGACCCACAAAGCUGAUAAGAUAGACACUGAUACGAGCUGCAGGAGUACCCCAUCACUGGAAUGUCAGGAGCAGAGGAUGAGGAUGGAUCACCUCCCUCUGCUCACUAUCGAGCCGCCCAGUGACAGUUCCGUGGACUUGAGCGAUCGCUCCGAGAGGGGCUCCUUGAAGAGACAGAAUGCGUACGACCGAAGCAUCACCAGCCAGCAAGGCAGCCCCAAACAUAUCCCUCACAGCAUUCCUGCCAAGAUCAUCACCCGGGAGGAGCAGGAGGCCAGGCACAGGGCUAGGCCCAUAGACAGUCACUUGGCCAUCAACGGCACAGCCAACAGGCAAAGCAAAUCAGAGUCUGAUUACUCCGAUGGAGACAAUGACAGCAUCAACAGCACUUCCAACUCCAAUGAUACAAUAAACUGCAGCUCAGAAUCCUCUUCUAGGGACAGCCUAAGGGAGCAAACCUUGAGCAAACAAACCUACCACAAAGAGACUCGAAACAGCUGGGAUUCCCCUGCCUUCAGUAACGAUGUUAUCAGGAAACGCCAUUAUAGGAUUGGGCUGAAUCUUUUUAACAAAAAACCUGAGAAAGGAGUGCAGUACCUCAUUGAGCGAGGAUUUGUGCCGGACACUCCCGUUGGGGUUGCCCACUUCCUGCUGCAGAGGAAAGGGCUCAGCAGGCAGAUGAUCGGAGAAUUCCUGGGAAAUCGGCAGAAGCAGUUCAACAGGGAUGUCUUAGACUGUGUGGUAGAUGAGAUGGACUUCUCCACAAUGGAGCUGGAUGAAGCACUCAGGAAAUUUCAGGCCCACAUCCGUGUCCAAGGAGAAGCCCAGAAAGUGGAGCGGCUCAUUGAAGCUUUUAGCCAGCGCUACUGCAUCUGCAACCCGGGCGUGGUGCGUCAGUUCCGCAACCCCGACACCAUCUUCAUCCUGGCCUUCGCCAUCAUCCUCCUCAACACCGACAUGUACAGCCCCAACGUCAAACCCGAGCGCAAGAUGAAGCUGGAGGACUUCAUCAAGAACCUCAGGGGGGUGGAUGAUGGGGAGGACAUCCCUCGGGAGAUGCUGAUCGGGAUCUACGAGCGCAUCCGCAAGCGCGAGCUGAAGACCAACGAGGACCACGUGUCCCAGGUGCAGAAAGUGGAGAAGCUCAUCGUGGGCAAGAAACCGAUUGGAUCUCUGCACCAUGGACUUGGUUGUGUGCUCUCUCUCCCUCACCGGAGGCUUGUUUGCUACUGUAGGCUGUUUGAAGUUCCAGAUCCAAAUAAACCUCAGAAGCUUGGAUUGCACCAACGAGAAAUAUUUUUAUUUAAUGAUCUUCUCGUGGUGACCAAGAUUUUUCAGAAGAAGAAGAACUCUGUUACAUACAGUUUUCGACAGUCCUUUUCCCUCUAUGGAAUGCAAGUUCUUCUCUUUGAGAACCAGUAUUAUCCCAAUGGCAUUCGGCUCACGUCAGCUGUUCCAGGAGCAGAUAUCAAAGUACUCAUAAAUUUCAAUGCACCAAAUCCUCAGGACAGGAAGAAGUUUACAGAUGAUUUGAGGGAAUCCAUUGCAGAAGUUCAAGAAAUGGAAAAGCACAGAAUAGAGUCCGAGCUGGAGAAGCAGAAGGGGGUGGUUCGUCCCAGCAUGUCGCAGUGCUCCAGCCUGAAGAAGGACUCCGGGAACGGGACCCUGCCCAGGGCGUGCCUGGAUGACAGCUACGCCGGGGGCGAGGGGCUGAAGCGGAGCGCGCUCAGCUCCUCCCUGCGGGACCUGUCCGAAGCAGGCAAGCGUGGGCGACGCAGCAGUGCAGGAUCGCUAGACAGCAAUAUGGAAGGGUCCAUCAUUAGCAGUCCUCACAUGCGCCGAAGAGCUACAUCAACCCGAGAGUGUCCAUCUCGCCCUCACCAGACUAUGCCCAACUCCUCCUCCCUCCUAGGGUCCCUGUUCGGUAGCAAGAGGGGCAAAGCCCCAUCCCAGAGCCACGGGGCCCCAUCCCAGAGCCACGCGGCCCCAUCCCAGAGCCACGCGGCCCCGCACCACGCCGAGGGCGCGGCGGCCCCUCCGCACCCGCACCACGGCCCCUACUGCCACCAGAACCCGCCGCCCUACCACCACCACCACCACUACCACCCGCCCCCGCACCCGCACCCGCACCAGUACCACCAGCACGGCCACGGGCACGGCCACGGCCCCUUCCUGCCGCACGGGCACGGCCCGCACCACGGCCCGCACCACCACGGGCCGCCCCCGCCGCCCGCCGCCGCCGGCACCAAGCCCAAGCACAGCGGCAUCAGCACCAUAGUCUAGGCCUGAAGGCCUCCUCAUGACUCUAGUUUUGAACGAGGCGCUUGCAGGAAGCAACAAACCACACCGUUAGGCCGUUCCGUGAGCUUCAAGGCUUGCCGUUCCUAAAUAAAACAAUUCCGGUUAGCCCGGGCCAUCCUGGUUUUACUUAAC